AUGCUUGUCUCAUCGCCCAAAUACCUAGGCACUUUCCUUACCCUCUUUGCCCUUAUCCUUCUCUUCCUCACUCAUCGCCAUGCUGCAGAUAAUUAUCCUGGGCAAAGAGAGAUGGGAUAUGCCGACGAAACCUCUGACCAGACCGUCAUUGGGGGCGGCAUGACCGAGCUCCAGGAGACCGUUGCAUAUGACAAGCUUUCCGGAGACACACCGAGCGAUAUCGAAGCCAAUUGGUCAGCAACGAUAGGCGCGAAACGUCUCUUGCAAAAGGUGCAAGACUUCCGAGAUAGCACCCAGGCAAGCUACAAUGAUGCCUCCAAGGAGAGCGUCCGUCACACGCUAGAGCACGCGGAGCUCGAGCUGGAGAGUCUUGGAAGAGAGUCUUUUAAAACGAAGAAGAUAGUACAAGGCGUGCGGAAGCUCGAGGUCGCGCUAAAGGCGGCUGAAGAGGCCAUCGCUCGGGGUCCCGAGGCCAAGACUAUGACCUCCAAGUAUGGGGAAGGAGACACGGCAGAUACUCAACUGGAGGAAGCCUUUCAGGAGGCCGAAGCAGACAGAAAGGACAAGGAAAAUACUGCGUCGCUGGAAAAAUUGCAGAAACCCGAGCUCGAUGCAGUCAUCGCGGAGUCGAAGGAGAGUCCCGAUUUCCACUGA